CAUUCUUGGUCAUAGAAACUCAACUAUUCACUGCUUAAACAUUUCCCAGUUCCCAUUUCUAGUAAAAUCCUCAAACACUUGGCGCGCACACCGAUUUGGGCAAAGAGGGAGACACGAGAAUCAACUUCAUGGAGGCGCAGACCUUGCAGCCCGUGCUGAGUAUGUAUUGUGAGUACCGUGUAGCUUUGAAGAAGUUGAUGGUUGAAUAUCAAGCCAGAAUCCACGCCUUUGGUGAAGAAAUUCGAAAAGUCCAAUUGGAAGUACAGGAAGCCGAAACCGAGUUUACCAUAUUGUUAGAGGAAGAGAUACCGAAUUCGCAAUUGGAACUUCUAAGCAAAGAGUUUUGGCCUUUCUCUCAACGAUGUGAACAAAGGAUUUUGAAGCUUGACAUGUUUCUAAAGAAGAUGGAGAGAGAGACAUCAUGGUUAGAAGAGGAGGAAGAGGAGAUUGAGUACCUUAUUAUGAGAGUUGCUAGGACUGAAGACCACUAAAUGCUGAAGAAUGGAGUGGAUUUAUGUUAUUUUGCAUGUAUAUGAUCAAGUAAUGUCUUAUGAACUGUGAUUCCAUGUUGUUGUCAAAUAGCACUGGUAGUUGUAUAUAUAUCAAGUUUACUGAUUUAGUUUUCUUUUGAGACAUUAGACUGUAAGAGUUUGUAUGACAUAUGUCAAAUAGCACUGGUAGUUGUAUAUAUAUCAAGUUUACUGAUUUAGUUUUCUUUUGAGACAUUAGACUGUAAGAGUUUGUAUGACAUAAUAGAAUCUGCUUCUUCUUGGCCCCGUGGCUGGUAUUGUUAAAUAGAUUCAACCGUGUAUGCUUGAGCUAUUAGUUAAUUUGCUGUUUCUGAUAUUGUUUUUCUGUUUGAAAAGGUAUAUAAGUUAGAUUUCAGUAUAUGCAGAAUAAUGCGGAGCACAAUAUCCCAAAAUGUUAAAGCCUGCAGGUUUGAAGCUGAAAGUAGGUGCUUGUGUGCAAAAUAUUGAACUAACAGAAUCACAAUCCCUAGUAUUGGACAGCUCUAAAUCCCCAAAUGCUGAAACCUAAUCAAAUCCUAAUGACCCUCUCCAAUACGUAUACAAAUAGCAUAUCAACACCCAAGGAUCAGCAGAGGAUCCACCACUUCCAAAAUUUCUGAUAAAGGUAUGAGAUGAGAUCGUUGCAGUGUAGCCUCCAGA